AUGAGCGCCGAUCAAGUCUCCACGAAGCACUUCCUGGAGAGAGGAGCCCAGCACACAAGACAUACUGCCAUAGUUUCCGCCAUCGUCUCUGCUCUCAAGCGGCAACACCACUUCUUCGACGCAGAGGCCUGCGGAUUCGUACAGCUGUAUGGCAAGCAGAUCAUCCGGGUGCUGAGCUGGAGUAUCGGUGAUCCGAUUACGCUACCAUUAUUGCAGGAGAUGGAACAGGUUGCUGGCCUCUUUUAUGCACUUGCGGAGAGUGCUCCUCCUACUACCUCCCCAAACCCAGCAGUCAUCAAGGUCCUAAGUGUGUUUACAACCCACAUGCUCAUGCUCCUUCAGCGAUUCAACUACGCAUUGACGCACCCUAAUCACAUUGCUAGUCUCUUGGAACCGGUGACUGCGGAAGAGCGUGCAUUGCUGGAGCCUAUCGCCGCAUCUUCCCUGUUAUCAGUGGACAUGGCCGACCUGCAGAAACAUCCGUUGACUGCGCGUCUCGUUCAUGGGUUAUUUAGGCUGUCAAGCUCCGUGGUGUCUACGCUGAUUAGCAUCAGUCGAGCGUAUGAUGUUCUUCUUGGUGAACAGGAAGAAUGGCCUGUUCAAGAAGCAGUAAUUGUUCUUCAUUCCAAGGUGGUGCCAGGGAAACCAGCAUCUUUGGGGACCUUGCUUGAACUCGUGAACUGCACCCUUAAUGUCCUACGACACCUCGUCGAUCGCCCAGCAGGUCAGGCCAUCGCCACCCCCCGCCCACUGCGUCCCUCAAAGAUAUGCCGCUUGAUGUGCAGGAAGGCAUGCUGA